UGCCCCGCAGUGCCCACCAUGGCCCUCAAGCAGCCAAAGGCGGGCACCUUCUGCCAGCGGGCACCCACCUUCCUUGACUACCUGCACAGCAUCCUGCAGAAGUACCCAGAUGGAGGGCAGAUCCUCAAGGAGCUGGUGCAGAACGCGGACGAUGCCGGCGCUACCGAGGUCGUGUUUGUGUCUGACGAGCGGGAGUUUGACAUCACCGGAGGGGGACUGGAGGGCACCCAGGGCCCAGCUCUCUUGGCCUACAACAACGCCGUGAUGUCGGCCCGGGACUGGACAGGGAUUCAACGCCCAGGGGUGUCACACAAGCGGGAGGAUCCCCACAGCGUGGGGCGCUUCGGCUUGGGCUUCAUCUCUGUCUACCACCUCACCGACCUGCCAGGUGUGCUGAGCCCCCCGUACCUGGGGGUGCUGGACCCCGAAUGCCAGGUGCUGCCUGGUGGUGGCAAGCGCUGGGACAUCUCUGAGGCCCAGGACCUUCCUGGCCUUUUCGAGCCCUUCUGGGCUGGGCUGGAAGCUGUAGGACAACACCGUGCCUCAGCCCAGGGCACCCUCUUCCGCUUCCCCCUUCGCCGGCAACCCUCAGAAAUUGCUGCAGGGGUCUCCGAUCCUGAGCGCAUCUGCAACCUCAUCCAGACCUUCCUCACAGAGGCCCCUCUUGCCCUCCUCUUCCUCCGCCAUGUCCGCCGCGUGGCCCUGCACCGUGUGGCCCCUGAUGGGGUCCAGACACUCGUGGGAACACUUGAGGCAUCCCCUCAGCCUCUCCCUGUCCCGGUGCCAUCAGGGGCUGAGGGGCUGAGUCUGGAGUGGUGCCUGGUGGCCCUGCGCUGGGAUGAGGUGGGUGCUGGGAGCGAGUGGCUGGUGGCCACAGGCAGGGCCACUGAGGGGCCAGCCGUGGCUCUGGGCACACAGCUGGGGUGCUGCCCUGAGCUGAGCCUGGCACACCCCCUCUGCGGGGCCUGCCAAGGGCGGCUCUGCUGCUUCCUGCCACUGCCAGCCACUGACGAGACGGCCACGGGGCUGCCCGUCCAUGCCAGCGCCCCCUUUGCCCUCUCCGAUGAUCGCCGCCACCUGCGCUGGCCCCAGGAGGGCGAGGAGGGUGAGGAAGAUGCCCGCUGGAAUGCUCUGCUACUGCUCGACCUCCUGCCCCGGGUCUACAGCCCCUUGGCCGCCGUGGCCGUGGCCCUGCCCGGUGCAGAUGCCUACAGCCUGUGGCCGGACCCCGAGCGCACGCCGAGCUGCGGCCGGAUGCACAGCCUGGUGAGCCGCGUGUGCCGGGAGCUGGCGGCCGCCCCCGUCCUGCUGCCGGCCGGGGGGCAGGGGCGGCUGCGGGCCCUCGAGGCUGUGCUGCUGCCGGCGGCCGCGGGCGAUGAGGCCGCACGGCGGGCGGUGCAGGCCUUGCUGGUGGCAGCCGGGGAGCCGGUGGCCGAGGUCCCUCCCCACGUGUGGAGGGCGCUGGCUUUGGGGAUGCCGAAGGGUCUGCGGGAGGCCACGGCGGGACACGUGCGGGAGGUGCUGCGGCGCCACGGGGCCGCAGCGCUCCCGGCUGCCGGCCGCCUCUCCCUGCUGCGCUACGUGGCCGGGGAUGGGUGCCAUGCUGAGCUCCGCGGCCUCCCCCUCCUGCCCCGCGCCGACGGAACCUUCGUGGCCUUCGGAACUGCGUCGGCCAUUGUCUACGUGGACACACCCGACUGCCCCAGGGAGCUCCUGCCUGGCUUGGCUGGGUCCUUCCUGCCCUCAGACCUGGAGCCAGGCUUGGACAGCCUCCUGCGAGGCAUUGCCAAGAAGGGUCUCUUCUCCAACCUGGUUCUGCUGGAUCCAGCCGUGACUGUACAGACCCUGCGCUUGGCUCUGCCCCCCACCUGGACAUCCCAGUCUUCAACCCCAGUGACGUGGUGCCCAGCCCAAGGCCUCCCCCAGCCCCCAGCCUCCUGGUUCCCAGCCCUGUGGCAAUUCCUGGCCCACCGCAUGGAAGACCUGGGCCCUCUGGAGGGGCUUCCUCUCAUAGCCCUGUCCUCACUGGAUGCCCCUACGGUCCGUCUGGCUCCACUGAUACCCGAGUCCAGUCUUAUCUUCCAGGCAUGGGAGGGCCAGCUCCUGCCACUUGAUGUGGCCUCUGUGCUGGAGAUCCUGGGUUGCCCUGUGGUGCCACCAAGCACGUGGCACCGCUCGCUGCCCCGCUAUGUCCUGCCUCCAUCCCCCCUCAAUGCCCUGCGGGCCCUGGGCAGGCAGGGGGCUGCCGCAGUGGCCUCCCGCAUGGCCUCGCUGCCUGAUGCAGAUGUGGUCACCCUCCGGCACUACCUGUCAGAUGUCCCAUCCCUGACAAAGCAGGACAUGGCCACUCUGGCUGCUCUGCCCCUCUUUCUGCCACUGCCCUGCUUGGCCACCCCACAGCCCACGGAGCUGGUGCCAGCCGCUGCCACCCCGGCGCUGGAGCCAGAGCUGGAGCUGCCCCAAGGUGUGGUGCUGCCGGAGGCUGUGUUGCGGUGCCGGGAUGAAGUUGACCGGCGGCUACUCGGGAGGCUGCAGAGGCCCCUCAUCAGUGCAGCCUGUGUGAUGCUGAAGGCUGUCAGAGCCGUGGCCCAAGGGGCGUAUGCGGGGCGAGCAGCUGAGACGCAGGCUCUGCUGCUCUGGGUGCUGCAGCACGGGGACACUGUCUUUGCACAGAGCCCCUCGCUCCAGCAGGCCUGCAGCACGCUGGCCUUCCUGGAGACCCCUGACGGCCCCGCAUGCCCACAAGACCUCUAUGACCCCUGUGACAGCACCUUGCAGGCGCUGCUGGGACCCGAGCGCUUUCCUCCUGCUGCCUUCCACAAUCCAUCUGUCCUCCGUGCCUUGAGGGCCGUGGGCUUGCGGCACGGUGAGGGGUGCAUGCUGCCCUCAGACAUCCUAGCAGCUGCAGCAAAAGUCAGUCAGGGUGGCACGGCAGCUCUGGACAGGGCUGAGGCACUGAUCACUGUCUGCAACCACCCCAAGGCACUGCAUGGCUUCAGUGCUGCAGAGCUCGGGCAGCUUCAGGCCCUGCCCUGGGUGCCUCGCUCCAAGUGCACAGGAGAGCCUGGGCAGCCCUUCCUGCCCCCUAAGGAGCUGAGGUCCAUGCAGUACCAAUCCCUGGUGGGGCUUGCCAUGCCCCUGACUGACGCCUUUGUGCCAGAGGCAGAGAGGAAGCUGGGGCUGAGCCAGACCCCACCGCCGGAGAGAGUGUGGGAGCAGCUGAGAAAGCUGGCAGGGCGCAGGAACAUGGAUGAGGUGGGUCCUGCUCUCCAGCCCAUCUACUGGCACAUGCAGGAAAACCUGAAGGCCUUUGGGACUGCCCCGGAUAGUGCUGUUGUGUGGACUGGGUCUGGGCUUGUCGUGCCACGUGAUGCUGUGCUGGGCUAUCCUGAGAAGCUGGAGCUGGGGAUGCUGGUGCCCCGGGUGCCCCCUGACUUCCUGUCCUACGGCUGCCUCUUCAGGGCUUGGGGAGUGGCAGAUGGGGUGAGUGAGGAGAGGGCAGUGUCAGCCCUGCGCGCCCUGGGGCAGGACAUAGACAGGCGCAGCUCCAGAGCGGGCACUGCCGCAGAGUUGCAGGUGGUUGUAGCUGUCCUGGAGUGGCUGCAGAGGCGAGGCCACCACGGUGAGGGCACUGUGCCGGUUCCUGUGAGGAUCCCUCAGGGCUCAGGCUUUGCCCUCCGUCCAGCUGCCUCUGCCGUGUACCUGGACAUGGAGCUGGAGGAAGAGGAGGAUGUUCAAGAGGUGGUGCACGAGGCAGUGCCUUCCAGCACAGCCAUGUUCCUGGGCACGGAGCGUCUCAGUACGCGGGUGCUGGGCCCAGAGCCGUUCACAGCCUGUGGCCCCUCAGAGCCCAUCACCCGACGCCUCCGCAACAUCCUCCAGGAGUACGGCGAGGAGGGCGACCUCUUCACAGAGAUGGUCCAGAACGCAGAGGAUGCCAGCGCUACCGUGUGCCGCUUCCUCCUGGACCUGCGGUGCCGCAGAAAGGCCUCCUCUGGGCUGCUAGACCCAGGCAUGGCUGCCUGCCACGGCCCAGCCCUCUGGGCCUACAACGAUGCCCUGUUCACAGAGGAUGACCUCCAGAACAUCACCCGGAUUGGGGCUGCCACAAAGGAGGGCCAGGCAGGCCGGAUCGGGCGCUUUGGGCUGGGCUUCAGCUCUGUGUACCGUGUCACGGAUGUGCCAGCAGUGCUGAGUGGGGAGACACUGCUCAUCUUUGAUCCCAAUGGCACCCAUCUGGGCAAGCACAUCCCCAGGGCCGGCUCCCCUGGCAUCCGCCUGGACUUCUCCAGCCGACCACGCAUCCUCCGUGUGUUUGCUGAGCAGUUCCAGCCCUACCACGGUAUCUUUGGGUGCUGCCUGCCUGAGCCAGGACCCUUUCCAGGGAGCCUUUUCCGCUUGCCCUUUCGCACUGAAGAGGAAGCUGUGACAUCACAGAUUUGCUCUGAGGCCUUUGGUACAGAGCGCAUCCAGUCCCUUGGAACUGCUUUCCUUGGCUCUAACCGGCUCCUGCUGCUCUUCCUGAAGAAAGUGAGGGAGCUGUCUCUGGAGAUGCUGCCAGACACAGCCACUUCUGCAGAGGAUACCAUGCCUCUGGUCACGUUGCAGAGAAAGGAGAUCCGAGACUUGGGGGCCCCUGGGGAUCCCCCAAGUUGGGCAGCCAUCGAGCAGCUCUCAGCCUGUGAGGAGAAAUCCAGGACCACGUGGCACUACCUGGUUUUGGUGUGUCGGGGUGAUGGGGAGUUGUUGGAACUGUUUCACCAGAACACACAGGCAGGACUCCAUCCUCCCCUUCCCAUGGCUGGAGUGGCCUUUCCCCUUGCCCCUACUGAAGAUGGCAAGUGGGUGCCACGUCUGGACGCUGAGAAGGGGCAAGUUUUCUGCCACCUUCCCAUGCCAAUCAUGUCAGGGCUGCCAAUCCACCUGCAUGGGGCCUUCAGCAUCCUCUCAAAUCGCAAGGGGCUGUGGGGCACGGCGGAGCGGGGCAAGUGGAACCGGGUGCUGCUCCACAAUGCCGUGCCACUGGCCUGGCUCCGGGCACUGGACCAUCUCCGUGCCAUGCACGAGGCAGGCGAGUUAAAGAACUAUGAGUAUCAUCUCUUCUGGCCAGACAUUAGCACUGCCCAUUACCCCUUUACAGAGGCUGUGACUGGUUUCUACCAGGCUGUGGCAGCCAGGAGUGGCCCAAGGCUCUUUUCCGAUGGCCACUCCUGGUGCUCACUGCAGGACGCCCGCUUCCUGCACCAGGCUGUGGAGAGACACCCUGAGCUGGGAACUGUGGCACAGCGAGUCUUUGCCAUCACCGUGCCCCGUCCCCUGUUGGCUGUGGCCUUGCCUGGGAAGGUGCAGGAGGGCCUUGGGAAGGCGCUGGAUGCUGGAACCUAUGACUGGAGCCACUUUCUCUGUGAGCUUGUGCUUCCCAACUUGGAAAAUCUCCCUGAUGUUGACCGGAACCUGCUGGUGCUCCAUGCGCUGGAUAUGUCUCAUGAGGAUGUGGACAAAGUGCUGCGGACAGUGCCCUGCAUCCCUGUCACCCCUCAUGGCCACCUGCAGUUCAUCAAUUACCUGGUGCAUCCCAGAGGCCGUGCUGCCCCUUUAUACAACCCUGAGGAUGGGCGCUUCCCCACUGGGAAUGCCUUCCUGGAGAGACUAAACCAGCUAGAGAGACUGGGCAUGGUGAAGAACACCGUGGCUCUGCCAGAGCUGCUGGAGAGGGCAAAGACUGUGCAGCUAGUCUGGACCAAGAAUCAUGCCCAGGGCUGCCAGAGGGCUGCCUGCAUCCUUGAGUUACUUCGGGAUGCAGUGAAGAAGGGAACAAACGACACCCUGCAGGCCGCUUUCCAGAGUGUGCCCUUCCUCCCUGCUGCACAGCACACCGGUGACCCUGUGCUGCUGCCAGCUGCCCAGCUCUACCAUCACCUCCAUGAGCCACUAGUGGGACUCAUCCAGCCUAUCUUGGCUUCUAAAAUGCUGGGGGAAAACUUCAGCCUCUCCAAGGAGGUAGCGUCCUUCUUGGGACUGGACCGGCAGGUACCAUCAGCUCAGGUCCUUGAGCAGCUGCGAGCACUCCGUCGUUUCUCUAAUACUCUCCCUUUGGAGACCCUGCAGAACAACACCAACUGCUGCUACAAGCACCUGAACAUGCUGCUCCAGGAACAUUCCUCCAGCCGGGAUGAGGUGGCAUCUGCAGUGGCCCCAGGGGAGCCCUUCAUCUUGGUGGGCUCCCGUUUUGUGCCAGUCACAGCUGUGGCUGAGACACUGUCAUUUGAGGCUGUCCCAUACCUUCAUCAACUUCAAGACCAGUACAAGUCCUACAGAGAGCUCUGGGAGUGUGUGGGGCUGCGCCACACAUUCGCCUGGGAUGAUUAUGCCCGAGUGCUCUGCACCCUGGCAGAGACACAUGCUGGAAAGCCACUGCCUGCUGCGGAGCUGAAUCUGGCCCUGCGGCUUGUGUCUUGUGGCUUGAUGGAAGAUGGCAACCAGCCUGAUGCCUGCCAGACCCAGCAACUCUUUCUGCCUGAUGAGGAGGGCAUUUUGCACCCACGGGACAAGCUCUACUUCAAUGAUGCACCAUGGAUGCCGUUGGACAGAGAUGUCCUGCUGUGCCAUAAACAGCUGUCCCGAGAGACAGCCCUGCACUGUGGGGUGACCACCACACGCCACCGAGCACUGGAGAGGUGUGUAGUCAACAUUGAUCACCUGAGCCUCUGGGCACAGCCAUUUGGUCCCCAUGAAGAUUUGCCAACGCGACUGAAGAACAUCUUGAAGGAGUAUCCCACUCCUGAUCUGGUGAAGGAGGUGCUCCAGAACGCGGAUGAUGCUGGUGCGGGGCUUUUGCACUUUGUGUGGGACCGCCGGCAGCACCCAGCAAAGGCCACCUUUAGUGAGGAAUGGAAGACGCUGCAGGGCCCUGCCCUCUGCAUCUACAAUGAUCGUCCCUUCCAGGAGCAGGACAUUAAAGGCAUUCAGCAUCUGGGGGUCGGCAGCAAGCAAGACCGUCAGGAUGUCACAGGCAAAUAUGGCCUUGGCUUCAACACUGUCUACCACUUUACUGACUGCCCAGCCUUCCUGACCGGAGACAGUACCCUGUGUGUCUCUGAUCCCCAUCUCUUCUAUGUGCCCACAGCCACAACUGAGAAGCCUGGUAGCAUGUUUGCUGUCAACACUGACUUCAAGAAGAAUUUUCCAGACAUUUAUGACACCUUCCUACCAUCCUUCUUCAACUUGAAACAGGGCGUCCUUUUCCGGCUGCCGCUCCGCACUGCAGAUGAGGCUGCCAAGUCCAGGGUGUCUGACAUUGUCGUGCGAGACCAAGACCUCAAGAACAUGGAAGAAACACUGGCUAAGGAAGGUGAGGACUUGGUGCUCUUCCUCCGGCACGUCCACACCAUCAUCUUCUCUGAGAUCCCCCCAGAUGGGAAAGAGUUGGUGGAGAAACUGCAGGUAACCACGGAGCUCACAGAGGAUGAUGCAAAGUUGAGACGGGAUUUUCAAGCAAGAUUAAGCCAAGCCAUGGAUGGGAACAGCCCCACCCCUCUCUCCUAUACCAUGAAAGUCAAAAAUAGCAGGACCAAGACCACAAGUUUGUGGCGGGUGAUCUCCCAAAUUGGGGUGGAGGAUGGGGCUGAGGAGUCUCCAGAGCUUAAAUGGCUGCCCUAUGGGGCUGUGGCUGCCCGCCUGGAGCCUCUGAACCGGGUCAAGGGCAGAGCCUUCUGCACCCUCCCACUGCCCUUAGUCACUGGGCUGCCUUUGCACAUCAAUGCCAACUUCUCUGUGGAUGCAGCCAGGUGCAGUCUCCACUGGGACAAAGGCGGCACAGGGGCAACCUGGAAUGGCUUCUUGCUCCGGCGCUUGGUGGUUCCACUAUACUGUUACUUUCUCACCAGGCAGUGGAAAGCCCUGAAGCCAGAGUGCCAGUCCCUGGAACUCUGCUGUCAGCACCUGGACUCCCACUUCCUCCAGUUUUUCCCUGUUACGAAAAGUGUGUUACCUAUGUUCCAGGACAUGGUGAGAGAGGUCUACAAGUACCUCAGUCAUGAACGCCUGCCCCUUGUGCCUGUGUACAGGGAGUCAUCUGACGGGGUGACAAUAACCUGGGCCUCUCCAGGUGGAGGGGACAUGCUAACAGAGCCAUACUUUCUCAAGGAGAUGCCUGAGCCAGAAAUCCAGAAAGUGCUGGAGCAACUGAACAUGAAACUGGUUCCCGCAUUCCCCCACCUGCAGCAGAUCCGCGAGGAGUUCAUUGAAGCCCAAGUGAACACUGUUGUCUUAGGGCCAGCCUCUCUCCGGUGCUUCCUCAAGGCCUUGGCUCUGCCUGUGCCCUGCAAGCUGGCUGACACACCCCUGAGGACCCCAAAGAGCUGCACCUACCUGCUGCAAUACUUAACAGGACGGAACAGCCACUCCCAAGGUACUCACAAGGAUGGGGACAAGGCAAUCCUGGAAGGCCUGCCCUUGCUGGCCACAGAAGAUGGUCUUCUGCAUGCUUGCAGUAGCCACCACCCUGUCUUCAAGAACUCCUUUGCUGACCUCUUCCCCAAGCACAGCCACCGUUUUGCCCAAAAGUGUGUUCCUGCAUGGAUCCCACCUUGCUUUGUGAAGGAACUUGACCUCCCACAGGCCAUACCACUCAUCCAGGAGGUGUUGGGUCAGUGGAAGUGGACCAAAGAGGGGGAAAAGUGGCUCGGGGGGCUGUGGACCUUCUUUGAGAAGGUGAUCCGCUCCGAUACCUCAGAUGCGGCCAUGAAGUCAUUCAUGAAUCAUCUCCAGAAUAUGGCAGUGCUGCCUGUUCAGGGGAAUAAGAAAGACUCAAAGCACCUACUGCCACUAUCCUCCCUCUCCAAGGUUCUUUAUGAGUGUUACUCUGAAGUGGGAAAAGUGCUGCAUAAAAUGGGCAUCCCUGUGCUCCAGAAGUCCCUGCUGCCCGGGAGUUUUGCCUACGAUUUCCUGAAGCCAGAGGCACUGCAGGUCAGAGAUCCCGGGGCUAUAGUGGCCCAUCUGGCAGACACAAGAGCUGAUCUGUGCUGGGGGGAUUUAGAGGAGGAGGAUGUGUCAGCCCUGCUAAGGUUUGUCAGGCAGGGAAAGGAAAAGCUGGAUUCACGUGCACUGGAGCAGCUCCAGCGCCUGCCUCUCUUCCAGAAGUCUGGGGGGGGCUAUGUAGCUGUGGCUCCCUACCGCAAGGUGCUGUUACUCCGCAAACAGGUGCCCUUGAAUGCCCAAGCCCUGUAUGACUUGGAUAAAGACAUGGUGCUUCUCACACUAAGCCUGUCCCACAAAUGGCUGGCCGAGCGUUUGAAGUGGGAGGUCACAGAUGACCAAAAGCUCUUCAUGACUGUGGUACUUCCCCAGCUGUCCCAGCUCACACAGCAAAACCUCAUGGAAGCUGUACGAUUGUUCUUUGUCCUGAAACCUUCCUAUGAUGUUGAGAGUGUGAAGGCCAUUGUGGCAGCUUUUCAAAAAGUGGCCUUUAUACCAGAUGCCCACGGAACACUGCGCCUGGCCUCCUACUUCUACCUUGACAUGCCCUCCUUCCACAUCCUGCGGCUCCAAAACCGCUUUGUGCCUGAAUCUUUCUUUAAGGAGCUACGUUUGAACCAGAAAGAAAUUGUGCAGUUCCUACUGGAGGCAGGUGUCCGCACCAGCCUCUCUGUAGAGGAUUUUGUGGCACUGGCUGAGGAGAUAGAGCGUGAAGCCACUCAGGCUACAUGCCAUGCUGCAGAACUGCUGGAGCGACAGCAGGAGAUGGUCGAGCAACUUGCAAUCCUGUUGAAAAAUCCUGAGUCAGAGGGUUUCCUGAGGAAAAUUGCCUCAAUCCAAUUCCUGCCUCCACUGGAUAUCCCCGCAGACUUAAUGAACCUUCACCCUCCUUUUGCAGACUGCACUAAGGCCGUGGCUCUGAAAGGCAGCGUUUCCUACUGCAACAAUGUGGCUGAACUCCUGUGGACAUCAGUCACCAUCCUGCAAAAAUCCCUUGAACUUGAGAAGACAUCCCUGAAGGCCAUGGGAGUCCUUGUAGAGAUACCCACUGCCCUGGUGGUGGCCAACCUGGAACAUGUGUGCAGGGCAGCUUGCUCGACACAAGGACAGCUAAGCACACGGGCCAAGGUGCUCCAUAGUAUGUACAGCUUCCUGCAGGACCAUCUGGAGGAGGUGGAUGCAGAGCACCUCGCUGAGCUGCCCGUGGUGCUGGCCAAGUCAUGUGACAUGGCCAGGCCAUGGCAGGUGGUGGCAGCACUCCCAGACGAGGCUGACUUUUACCCCUACCUCCUCAUGCCUCACCCCCAAAUUGUUGUCUUUAGAGAUCUCCUGCAACACCUUGGCGUUGUCCUGGUCCCCACACUAACUCACUACAGCCGUGUCCUGGCCCAAAUCUACCAGGAGAGCCAUGGCAGUGGGACCCUUUCCAGUAGCCAGAAGAAGACGGUCCUGGUGGCCACACAGCAUUUCUUCCAGCUGCUGCGGGAGAAACCAGAGCCCCCUGAUUGCUCUGCUGUGGCUGAGCUGUACCUGCUGAGCACUGCUGACUGCCUGGAGCUGUCCCACAAACUCUGCUUCAACGACUGUGUGCCCUCAGAGACUGCUCGGGCCCUGGAGAAGACCUUUGUGUUCAUGGCUGCUCUGCCAGUGUCUGGGUGUAAUGCCAGGUGGCUGCUGCAAAGGCUGCCACCACACCUGCAGCCACGGGUGCUUUCAGAGGUGACAGAGAAGCAGCUGGAGGAGGGUGGUCCACAGCCAUGUCAGCACGGCUCUCAGUGUCCUGCGCAGAGGCGUCUGCAGACCCUGUUGGUAUCCCCGUGGUUUAGGCUGGGGCUGGAGUCCCUGGUGCAGUGGCAGACCCCCAAGGCUAUGAUGGGAAUGGAGGGGGAUGGUGGCUUUGCAGUGGAGCAGGUGAAAGUGCAGUGCUGCAAGAACAUCCGCACUGUGUUGGUGCACAGCGGGGCAAAGGUGGAGGGCAGCUCCCAGUCGCAGGUUAUCCACGUGUGCCUGUCUGGUGGUGCCCAGCGGCUCUUCUACAUCCAGCACGCAGAGAUGGUGCUGAACCGGCAGCAGCUGAGGGUGGUGGAGACGCUGGUGCAGGAGAUCAAUAACAUCCUGGGUGGGCAGCUGGAGACACACGCUUUGUCCGUGCUGCGUGAAAUGCUGGUCUGCGAGGAGCCGCAGGACAUUGCCUUGGUUCUGGAGGAGAACAAUGUGGCACUCGUGGAGGCUGCACCAGAGCCAGAGAAGAGGCUGCAGGAGGAGGCUGAAGCUGUGGCAGAAGAGGGGCCAUGGAAGGAUCCCAGCCUGGCAAUGAGGCCUCUGCAUGGUGUCAGGGGGCCAAAGGUGUGGGGCCAAUACAAACCUGUGAGCAUGCCCUGGCACCACGGGCAGGGAGGCAGUGGCUCCUUGCUGAGCAGUGAGGAGCUCAUGGUCCUGACUCCGUCCAUCCCUGAGGCCCUGCGUUGGCUGUGUCAGGCCACGAGUGACCUGCAGGCCGCCAACAAUGACAUCUUGCACAGCUGCCCCAACUGGGUGCUCUUCAAAGUGCACCAGGCCCUGGAGAAGGCGCUGGUGGCGGCCGUGCUUUGCCGUGGGGUAGCCUUUGCGGGCCAUAGGGGGCUAAUGGGCAUGGCCCGAAGCCUGGAGGCCGAGGAGCCGGAGCUGAGGGGCCUCGUCCUGGAUGUGCAGUGGUUGUGUGACUGCGGUGUGGACAGCAAAGCCACGCAGUACCCGAGUUACCAUCCCUUUCCCAUGAUCCCCAGUGAGGCCUUCCCCAGUGUGGAUGAGGAAGAGGUCCUGAAGCGGGCACAGAAAGUGCUGGUGACACUGAAGAACUAUGUGGGCAGAAAGUGAGAGGUCCCUACCAAGGGGCAUGGCACCUGGGGCAAAGGACCACCAGGCGCCCAUCAGAGACCCACCAUGGACCUGUUGUGGACUCACCGUGGACUUGCCACAGGCAAUUCCAGACUGUCCAGCCCUGGUAGGGGAGUUUUGGUGGCAGAUGAAGGCCUAGACCACUGGACAUCACAGAGUAGCCUGAGCCAUUGGCAUGUCUUGAGUGUGCAGUAAAUAAAGUGCAAAAUAAAUGUU